CACUGCCUGUCAAGUCAUUCUGAGGUUCUAUUGGUGCUCAUUGGCUUUCAGUUAUGUAAACCCAAAGUUAUUGGCCAGCUAUGGUAGUCCUUUGUGGGGACCAGGAAGUGUCCUGCAACAGUCCAAAUGUUGAAGAUCGAUAUGGUGGGAGCUCCACCAGUAUAGGAGAUGCAAGCAGUGUUCAGACUGGUUGUAGUUGCAGUCCCUAUGGGUGUGCUGCUUUCAAGAACCAUGGCAUGGAUGUCCACUGGAAAGACACACCCAGAACUUAUCGACCGCCUGAGAGAACAUGGGGUUAUCCGCAGUGAUCGGGUAUUUGACGCCAUGCUUGCCACCGACCGAGGGAUCUACUCCAGAGACUACCCCUAUGCUGACUCCCCUCAGUCCAUAGGAUUCAAGGCAACAAUCAGUGCUCCACACAUGCAUGCCCAUGCCCUGGAGAUACUAAGUGACAAGCUAAUGGACGGUGCAUCUGCAUUGGAUGUGGGAUCAGGCAGUGGCUAUCUCACAGCGUGCUUUGCAAGGAUGGUAGGGCCCUCAGGGAAAGUAGUAGGGAUUGAACACAUAGAUGAGCUGGUCCAAACCUCUGUGAGGAAUGUCCAGGCUGACGACCCCGAGCUGCUCUCUUCAGGGCGUAUCAGUCUUGUCGUCGGAGAUGGACGGUUAGGCUACCCUGAUGGAGCCCCAUAUGAUGCCAUUCAUGUAGGGGCAGCCGCGCCUACGCUCCCUAAAGCUCUAUUGGAUCAGUUGAAGCCUGGUGGAAGGCUGGUUUUGCCUGUUGGUCCUGAUGGGGGAAGCCAGGUCCUAGAACAGUACGAUCGCCAGAGUGACGGCACCUUCAUCAGGAAAGCCCUUAUGGGGGUGAUCUAUGUUCCUUUGACUGACAAGCGACGCCAAUGGCCUGGAGGUGAGCUCUGACUGCUGUGUCGUGUGGCUGCCCCUGCAGGAGGUGGCGCUGGUGCUGCAGCUCUUGUGUUCCCUAGAUCGCCAUCUGUCUGCAGCCUAGCAACACGUCCUAUGUGCUUAUUGACUAAAACUGGGUUGCAGAUGACAGUUGUCCCAGAGGGUUGCCACGGGCUGUUGGAUUAAUGGUUGCAAUUGGAGUUGCAUUCAGAACAUCAAAUCACAAUGUUCCUCACAGAUGUCUGGCUGAAAGGUUGGCUUAUUUAUUAUAAGGUUUCAUAAAAUAAACGUAUGAUGUAAUUUUACAAAGAUGCAACACUCAUACAAAUUCAGUGAUUGGGCUUCACCAACCAACAUGAAGGUUACAUGUCUUGAUAAAGGGAAGAAAUUCAUUAAAAAUGUUUCUAAUGUCUGACGUGAAUCCAAGUAAACAUAGUGACCUAAAUGACCACAAUUACUGUCUUAUUAGCAGAAAAACAACCCUUUUUACAUAGCGAUGGGAAUACAUCCACUUUAUUUAGAAAAAAUAAUUUAAAUGAUUAUGCGCAAAUGCCAUAACCUCUUAAUAAAAACAUUGUAAUGAAAA